AUGAUCGAGAUUGGAAAGCGUGACCUCUAUGGCCACGGCAAGGUCGACAUGCACGGAUGUACCGAGAACCGGGCCUUCUUUGGCCUCGAUGCCCACCACAUUUAUUUCGAACAGGGCCUUGUCAAGCUAAUACCGACCUUCAUGACUGUCCCCGCCGAGAAUGUCGUGGAUGCCUUCCGUCACAUGCAAAAGGGCACACAUAUCGGCAAGUUUGCAGUCACCGUGCCGACAGACUUGUCCCACCUCCCGGGCCGCUCCGAGAAGCACGAUGACUUUUGCAAGGAGCUCGAGGUCAUGGGCUGCAAGGUGCAGGUUCUCCAGGGUUCUGUUGCCGACCCCGAGGACGUCAAGCGAGCGGUUGCCGAAGCCUGCGCCCCUAUCCGCGGUGUCGUGCAGCUUUCCAUGGCUCUUCAGGAUCGCUCCAUUGAUGGUCAACGGCACCUGAACCUGCACAACACACUGGGGUCUGAUCUGGAAUUUUUCGUCCUGUUCGCUUCCAUCAGCGGUCUCGUAGGCCAGUACGGCCAGGCCAUCUAUGCAGCUGCCAACACGUUCCUCGACGCUUUUGUACAGUACCGCCAGGGCCAAGGUCUGCCUGCCUCCGUCAUCGAUCUCGGUGUCAUGGAGGAUGUUGGUUGCGUGUCCCAGUCCUCUGAACUCCUCGACUACUUCCGCUUCCUGGAUGCCGACCUUCCCAGCGAGGAAGCCAUGCGGAGGGGUGUUCGGCUUGCCAUUUCUCGCUCAUUCCCCCGCCCGCAGGAACACGCUACACAGAAGUACAGCAAUCCCAACCAGAUCGCCCUUGGACGCGAUCGCCGAUUUUCCAUCUACCAUGGCAUCUCCGCGUCUACUAGGCCACGUUUCUCAACGACAGACGAGAGCCUAAAGUCAUUCCUCAACCAGCUAGCUUCCAGGGGCGCAGGUGGUCUAGAUGAUGACAAGGCCGAGUACCUAGCCAAGGAGAUUGGCAAGACUUUGUACGGAUUCAUGAUGAAGAAUCCAAAUGACAUGGAGAUGGAUCAGCCGCUUUCCACUCUGGGGUUGGACAGUCUUGUCGGCAUCGAGGUGCAGAGCACAGAUCGGAUUGGAGAUGAGCAUCCUGAACAUCAUGCAGAGCACAUUGAGGGUAAUUGGCAAAAAGGCUCUUGA